AUGAAGCUCGUACGGUUCUUAAUGAAAUGCAUGAAUGAGACGGUGACGAUUGAAUUGAAGAAUGGAACAAUUCUAUCAGGCACCAUCGCCUCAGUCUCUCCACAAAUGAACACGGCUUUACGAACAGUGAAGAUGACACCCAAGGGACGCGAACCUAUUUCUCUCGACACAAUCAAUAUUCGUGGUUCGACGAUUCGUUAUUAUAUUCUACCGGAUAGUUUGCCGUUAGAUACGUUGUUGGUUGAUGAUCAACCUAAACCUAGAAACAAGGCAAGGAAAGAGGCUGCUGAUCGGGGCGGUGCGAGAGGCCGUGGUGGUCCUCGCGGUGGACGGGGUGGUCGGGGUAGAGGUCGUGGUCGAGGACGCGGUUUUUAG